AUGAUUCCGACCUUCACGGCGGAGCGCAACCUUUGGGGCUUGAAAGCAUGUAUAAUCAUGAGGUUCACGAAAUUUACGACUUGCGCUUUCCAGUUUUUGCGACGGGCCACUCGUUGGUCAUUAAUGACGAGCAGGCUGAUGGGCUGCUUGGUUGAAGAAGAAGAAGUGGCAAUUCUCAUUGGAAUCGCGGUUUGGGUUGAACGUGUUUGGGGACAGACGCUCCUCUAUCUGGAGUGA